UUUUGGUUUUGGGUCCCUUGGUCAGAGGCGGCGGAGAGGCGAAGGAUUUUGCAAUAAAUUAAAUCUUUAUGUUAGGUCUGUAAGCUUAAUACGUGAACAUGAAUGACCUUGCGUUUGCAGUGAUUUGUUCUAGCAACAUGAAUCGCAGCAUGGAAGCUCAUGCCUUUCUCAGCAAGAAGGGCUUCAAUGUCAGAUCUUUUGGAACAGGAGACAAAGUGAAGCUUCCUGGACCUGCUCCUGAUAAACCAAACUGUUAUGAAUUUGGUACAUCUUAUGAUGAUAUCUAUAAUGAUCUUAUAAGGAAAGAUAAAGCUCUUUACACACAGAAUGGACUGCUCCACAUGUUAGACAGAAAUCGACGAAUUAAGCCUGAACCAGAGAGAUUUCAGCUGUGUAAAGACAAAUUUGAUAUUAUUAUCACAUGCGAAGAAAGAGUUUAUGACCAAGUAUUAGAGUGCUUGGAAGCAAGGAUUCCUGAGGAGAAUACACCAGUUCAUGUAAUCAACAUUGACAUUCAGGAUAAUCAUGAAGAGGCAACUAUUGGUGCAUUUAUGAUUUGUGAAUUGGCUGCUUUGCUGUCAGGGACAGAAGAUCUGGACAAUGACAUUGAUGAGCUUCUGCAUGAGUUUGAAACAAAAUGUCAGAGGAAUGUCCUUCAUUGUGUACAGUUUUAUUGAUACACGAAAUUGGAAGUAGGGUGCAUAUCCCUGAAAAUGGUCCAUUCCCAAUUAGUGAUUGUAUGUAACGAAUGUUAAUGGAUCGUUGAUAUUGUUUGACUAUGUGUAAAUUGCCUGUGAUGCUGCUGAUACAUCUUUCAGAAUAUUGAGUUGCAGUCUAGACUCACACUUGUUGUAGAUCCCAAGUAAAGUCUUUUGAGUCAACAGUCUGCGUGUGAAUAAAUUAACUUUGUUUUGUAAGCUAGCAUCUUCAUAUUUUUACUUUGACCUUGGCCUUUGGUUGAAAUUGUUAAAUUGUUCAGAUAUUAUUGUGAUUAGUGUCAUAGAGAAAAGAACUCUUACAUUCUCUUACAGUAAGAAUAUAGGCAUUACUGAUAGUUUAGUUUUGUUUUUUGGUAUCAGAUUAUCUUAUAUAAAAGUAAAAGUGGUAAAACAGAAUAGAAACAAUGAUGAUAAACAUCAUGCAGUAAAUCAGAUUUAAUAUCUCAAAAAUCAUAAGAUGGUAUAGUAGAAAAACAAACAGUAAUAUAGAUGACAUGAGAUCGUAAUGAUGGCCCAUAUGACUUUAGUACAUUUAGGUUUGUGUUGUUGUUCCCAGUUGCAUUUUCUGCUAAACUUGUUUUGAGAUGCAUUAGAUUAUUUCUUUACUGGAUAAAGUAUUGAAAUUGGUUUGGCUGUCUUAUCACUUACUUAAUUCAGUAUUGAUAUUCAAUAGGUUACUCACACAUUUUAGGUGGCUUUGUUGUAAUAGAUUUUGUUGUAUGGAUUGAUUUUACAUCUUUAGUAGAGUAACAUUAACACAGUUGCAAGGCUUUAGAAAUUAUCUGUAGAACAUAUUCCAAUGAUAACAUCAAGUUUUGUAUAAUGAAAAGCGUAAUAUUAACAAUUCUAGGCCGUAUUAUUUGUCAAUACUCUUUUUAUAACACAUGCAAGCUUUAAAAUUGCUUGACUUUAUGUAUUGCUGUUUUGGUUGUAUACUGUUUGGUUAUGGAGAGGGUACUUCCAAAUUUAUACUACUAAGGAGCACAAUUUUAAUAUUUUAGGUAUUAUUAUUAAAUACAAGGAAUUCCCUAAAACUAAUGAAAUAUAUACUGUACUGUAUAAAAAAUAAAAAAAAUAGUCUUUGUAUGUAGAUUCUUGGAGGAAUUUGAUAAAGAAUUUUAUUUUUUGUUAUAAUCAUAACUUUUGAUGUAUAUUAUUGCCAUUUUAGUCAGUAUUUUUUUUCCUCUUUUUUUAUUCUGAAGUGUAAUAAUUUUUCUAUUAUUGUUAUUUAUACAACUUUGAUUUGAUAUUUAUGAUGCAAUAGCAAAACUUAACAUGUAUGGUUAUUAUGUGUGUUGUACCAAGACCAAGGUGUAUAUUUGUCAUAUUAUAUGUGAAUUUUGCAAUUUGCAA